UGGCUGGACCAGCGCACCUUGAACUCGUCCGAGCGGAUCCUCCCGUUGUAUUGAUUUCUUUCAGAUCAAUAACUACUUGAUUUGAAGAUGUCUAACUUCCCGCAGUUACUCCGCCGCGCGCGCGCCGCCGUCGGGACGUUGUCGCGCGCCAGUUUGCGUUCAAAGUGCGUGUUUGUGCGCGUGAGCUCGACCAGUCGAGACGCGACCAGCUGCAGGUGCUACACACGGGCUUCCGGCCCGGAGCCGGUCCGGAUCGGCUGUGCCUCCGGGUUCUGGGGGGACACCGCGACCUCAGUGCCCCAGCUGGUCCACGGGGGGCAGCUGGACUUCCUGGUGUUCGACUACCUCAGUGAGAUCACCAUGUCCCUGCUCACCGCCGCCAGGACCAGGACGCCGAAUCUGGGUUACGCUCCGGACUUCGUCCACUUCGCUCUCGCUCCGUUUAUUAACGACAUCCACAGGAAAGGUAUCCGUGUGGUCAGUAACGCAGGAGGAGUCAACCCUCUGGGAUGUGCCGAGGCCAUACGGGAGGUCAUCAAGAAGGCUGGCCUGGACCUCAAGGUCGCCGUGGUGACCGGGGAUGACCUCAUGCCCCACAGGAGCAGCCUCUCUGAAGUAAAGAUGGUGGACGGCGUCAGCAGACAGCCGUUACCUGAAGCUCUCCACAGCAUGAACGCUUACAUCGGGGCUCUUCCUAUCUGCCGCUGUCUGGAUCUUGGGGCCGACAUCGUGGUCACGGGCCGCUGUGUGGACAGCGCCGUGUCGCUGGGCCCGCUGAUGCACCGCUUCGGGUGGGAGAGGACGGACUACGACCUGCUGGCAUCCGGGAGUCUGGCAGGUCACCUGAUCGAGUGUGGAGCUCAGAGUACAGGUGGAGUCUUCACAGAUUGGCACAAAGUACCCGACUGGGACAACGUGGGCUUCCCGGUGGUCGAGGUCUCCGCCGACGGCUCCUUCCUGCUCACCAAGCCGCCCGGAACCGGCGGCUUGGUGAGCGUCGGCACGGCGGCGGAGCAGCUGGUGUACGAGAUCUCCGACCCGCGGCGCUACCUGCUGCCCGACGUCACCUGUGACUUCAGCCAGGUGGUCAUCCAGGAAGUACCGGGUGUGGAUGGAGGAGCCGUCAGGCUGACGGGGGCUAAAGGUUCAGCUCCAUCGCACGACUACAAGGUGUGUGCCACCUACAUGGACGGCUUCAGGGUGACGGCGGUGUGUCCGGUCGGAGGUCCUCGUGCGGUGGAGAAAGCCAGAAGAACCGCAGACAGCAUCAUCAAGCGGACGAAGCGAAUGCUGAAGCAGUUGAAGCUGGAAGAUUUCAGCUCCGUCAACGUCCAGAUCCUCGGAGCUGAGGACACGUACGGUCCCAACGCUCGCAACACGCAGGGCUCCAGGGAGGCAGUGAUCUGGAUGGCCGCCCACCACAAACAGAAGAAAGCUCUGGAGGUGUUCUCCAGAGAAAUCGCUCCUGCAGGAACCGGCAUGGCUCCCGGACUGACCGGCAUCGUGGGCGGACGACCCCGAGUGUCUCCGGUCCUGAAGCCCUUCUUCUUCUUGCACCCCAAAUCUCAGCUGAAGGUGGACGUCUACGUCGGCGGAAAACUGGUGGAGACUCUCAAAGAGGUGGGGCCAGACACACCUGAGGAGGAAGCCCCUCCCACCUCAGCGCAGGACGAACCGGACGCAGGAGUUCUUCCCUCUGGACCUCACAGCUACCGGCUGGAGGAGCUGGCCUUCACCAGGAGCGGAGACAAGGGAGACUCGGCCAACAUCGGAGUGAUCGCUCGUCAUCCCCUCUUCUUCCCCUACCUGAAGAAGCACCUGACUUCUUCUGUGGUGGAGGCGUACUUCUCCCACCUCAUUGAGCCGGGCACCAGCAACGCCGUCACCCGAUACACUCUGCCGGGGGUCCACGGUCUCAACUUCGUCCUGCAGAGUUCACUGGGAGGGGGAGGGGUGGCGUCUCUACGCAGCGACCCCCAGGGAAAAGCUUACGGUCAGAUGCUGCUGGACGUGAAGCUGGAAGGACUCCCUGACCUCAAGUCACUGGUGGACUGAGGGGGGGAGAGAGGGGGGGAGAGAGAGAGAGAG